AUGGCGUCUCGUUCGAAAAAAUUCGAAGACUUAGACCUUUCAAAAGACGAAGUGAAGAAAUUAGGAGAAGCUUUGAAAAAUGAGGAAUUCCGAAAAUUAUUUGUUGAAUAUGCAGAGGAGAUUUCGGAUCCCGAAAACAGGAAACGAUAUGAAGAAGAGAUUAAACAACUCGAAAAUGAAAAAGGUAUGGACGUGCAGUUUAUCCAUCCAAUCCCCGGACACGUGCUUAAAACUAGCAUUGAUGGCGACAAAAAAGCGUUCAUUAACAUUUGUCAGUCUGAUAAAAUGCAAAAGCCGGUGUCGCAUCCAAAACUCGACAAAGACGGACGUCGUGGCAUUAACUGGCAAAUCCCACAUUCACAUGUUCCUCCGAGGGAGGAUGUUGACAAGUCGAAACAGAAAUGCCAGGUGUUUGAUGUUGUUUUUCACCCCGAUACCUAUCGCAUGGCUGAGAAUGACAGGUUUCGAAAGCUCGUCGAAGACACCGCAGUUGACGGCAUUGAGAACCAAUUUGGUGUGAAAGUGGACAGAUCCAAUCUUAAAAGAAUGAUAAACAUGAAAUACAAGGGUGUUAAAACACCAUCGAUCAUUCGAUCACGAACAGCCGAGGGCCCAAAAAUAGGAAAGGAUGAUAUCCUAAACAGCAUGCCGUAUCCGUAUAGUGAUGAGACCAGUCAAGAAAAAGCUGAAGCCAUGGCAAAUGAGGUAAAGAAGAAGAAGAAAAACUCCAAAACUGUUAAGUUUGACGAUUCCGAAGAGCCAAAAUACACAAUAAUUCAUCGAUCAGACAUGGAUUUGCAAGAAUAUAGAAAUUCUCCAGACUCUCGACCAAGUACUAGACCAAAAGAGCUGGUGAUAACAAUAUUCUUGCCUCUGUUGUCGUCUGCCGCACAAGUUGACCUUGAUGUGUUUGAGCAGAAGCUGGUACUGAAAUCGGAGGAGCCAGCAAAAUAUAAACUUGACUUGAAGUUGCCUUAUCAAGUUGAUGAUGACCAAGGGAGUGCAAAAUUUGAUAAAACAAAAAAAUGUCUUGUAGUUACACUGCCAGUUAUCGCUGACAAAGUACCCGAGAUGCCAUACCUCAAUGGAAACAGUGAAAUAAAUGGUGUAACUGAAGGAGUAGAUGAAUCAGAAGGAGUUGUUCCACCUCUUAUUCAGGAAAUUUCAAAUGACGAAACUGUCAACACAGAAAUGUCUACUGAAGUAAAUGCUGAUGAACCACCUCCAUUGGAGGAUUUGGAAGAAACAGAUAUUGAAACUCCCAAUUUGAUUGAAAAUGAGGCAUCACUGUCAUCUGUGGCACAAGCUAAAGUAAUCGACAUUCCAUAUUCAUUUCCCGAUUUUACAUUUACUCAGGAUCAAGGUGCUGUUUCCUUUAUCCUCGCUGUUAGAAAUGUUAAAGUCGAAAACAUAUCAAAAUCAUUCAGUUCCAAGAACACCAUGAAUCUCACUUUGGUAUCUAUAGGGGAUGGAGGGUUUCCCAUACAUUACAGAUUCUGUGUACAGUUCACAGAAAACCACACUAUUGUACCGGAACACUGCAGUGUUGAUAUCAACGAUAUUAACAUUGUCGUCCUGUUGUUAAAAGAGCGUUGCAGUAGAGGUAUCUGGGAUGGAUUCCAUGCUGGUUCGUCCAAAGAGGAUUUACAGGAGUUUCUGUUCAUGACGGAGUCCAACCUUCAGAGGGAGUUGGCAGAACUGGAAGCAGAAGCUGCACUCCAGAAACAAGACCAACAUGCAGCAAUGUUUGACUCACCAAUGAUCCAAGUCACAGACAUGACGCAGAAACGCCUCCAAAUAGACAUCAAGAAGUCUGGGUCUGUAGAGGAGGAGGUAGAAGAUGUUGAAGAUGUCCCUUCCUCGGCAGAGAUCCAAGUGGUUCACGAAAAGGAACCACCAAGUCUUCACAGCAUUCUCAAGAAUCGGUCCAUGUCCGAGUCGAGCGAGUGUGAUGGUUACGGCAGCAGCAACAGCAGUGGCAGCCCCACUAGUCCUCGUGACGAGCAUUUCCACCUCAGGAGGUCAGUUUCCUUCAACGAUCGUGUGGACAAAACAACCUUCAAGCCAGGUACUGCCGUCACAACAAUGACGUCAACGUUGAAAAAUAAAAGGAAACGUAACAGGAAACGUGAAGAAAAACGUCAGUCCAGACUACGUAACAACAGUGGAGGGUCGGAAGGAAGUAGUGGAGAUGAUUUGGAUCACCGAAGCAGCACUGGAGAGUCGCAUAGUGAGAAUGAAGAGGGUGACGAAUCUAUAGCUCAGCCCAUCGUUGAAAACCAGGAGUCCAAAAAAUCUAACGUAACUUCCGCCAAUGAAAAUAAAGUUCUAGAAAAAUCCUUGUCUCCACAAAUUAGUACAAGGCUGGAGGAAAAAUCAAACAGAGAAGCACAGUUUGUCCAAAACAUCAAGGAAAAAUUGUCAAAGGUGGAUAAGAUGGGUGUGAAGGUGGAAGACAGUGAUGAUGACGGGGAGGAAAAUCAGACUGAUUCAAGGACUAACACAAAGCAGCAAAAAAUUGCAGAUGUGAUACAAAGUGAGGGAAGUAAUGAUAAUCAUGAGCGGACUAAAGGUGUAGGUAACAAGGAAAUUCAGAAUGUUUGUGUUCAGAAAGCAGAUUUGAGUGAGAGUGUGGAUAACAAGCAACAUCAGGCAGCAAAUGAUGGGGGACCAACACAACAAGCAGCUACUACUAGUCUUAGGGGCCGGGAGGAUGUGUCCAUUUCCUCUGGUGAAGUGAUAACACGGGCAGGGGUCAAGGACCUCCUUGGGACGGAUCAAUCUGUGAUAAAAGUAACAGGAGAGGAGAGGGGCAGCGGAGAUGACUCUGGUGUGGAAAGUAACACAGAGGGAGGUGGCGAGUCUAGUCCAGCCAACGACAAUCAGGUGGAAACGAUGCUUAGCUGGAAGGAUCAGCCAGAUAGUGAACAUGCCACUAAGUGCUCCUUUGAGUUCUCAAAUGCGGUUAUGUUUGAUCUGGAUGUGGACUAAAUGAUUUUAUACUUUUUAUGGCUUCAAUUUUGUGCAGUGUUAUUUCACAACAGGAGGGGAUACAGUAAUACACAGAACCUGUUAGCUAAAGGACAUAUAUAGGGAUCAGCUCUGUUGUUUGUAAACCUUUGUAAAUUAGGUAUGUGAUGCCAGGUUUCAAAUCUUUGUUUACAAGUUGUAUAUUGAUGUUGGAUAUUUGAAGUCAAUUAUAUGUUUGAAAAAAAGAUUUACGAAGGAAAAUCAACAGGUCUACAAUAUAUGAUAAAAGUGUAAGAAGAAAUUCAAUACUGAAUAUACAUUUACAAAUUUGCAUAUGUCUAGCUCUUUCUGUUACUCUUAGCCUGGACUUCUGCUUUCAGUUUGAUGUAUACAAAACAGCACUAUACAUUAACUUCAAAAUCAUUCAAAUACCAAAACUGAAUCAUGAAAUUUCAGAAACGCUUCGAGACGCAGAUGUGUACAUUGAUUUUUUCAGUCAGUCUAGGGCUGUGAGAACACUUGUAUAAAUAUUAAAAGGGAACCGUACCAUUUCUGUUACUAGUGCAUGUUAAUAAUUUUAAAACUAUGGUACUAUUGGUAUGCUUGUACUUGUAAGAUAAAAUUUCGUAAAUUUGAUCUCAUACUCAUUAUACACAUCAUGUACGGCAGCACCAGGUUUGUAGGUUGAUUUUUUGUAGAUGAAACGUGUCAUAUUUAUACAAGACUUAAUCAACCUGGGUUUUUUCAUCUUUUCAAAGAAUUCAUAUUUCUUGGUUAUCAGUUUUAGUCAUAUUAAGGAGAUGUUAGAAGUAUGAUGUGAAUUUGUUAUCUAUCCUAGCUUUUUAAAAGCAAGUAAUCAACAAACUUACAAUCAGUUAUAUUUAGUAAUUUUUUAUAAGCAUUUGUUAUUCAGAAGUCACACAUUUUUUGAUAAAAUCUUGAAUCCUGAAGAUAUAUAGUUAUGUUUCAAAAGGCAUUGUUAAAUUUUUUUAUCAUUGUGAUGACCUUUCUGAAUUGAAAUCUGAUGGUUCCAGGAAAGUUUCUCUAGUGGUAAGAAGAUGUUCCUUUGUUCAACAGUAGGAAGCAUGCUACAUGAUGUACCUGUAGGUUGUACCUGAUGUGAUACUAUGUAUAAAGUUUAUAGUGUUCUCUAUCCUAACACCUUUGUCAUUGAUAGAAAGAUGGAAGAGUCUAUUGAGAAACCACAAAUCAAUGAACUGUGAAAUAGUGAGGUUGCCUGUAUUCCAAGACCAAGUGACAACUUUUAUCAUUGUCUUGAAAUAAUUUAAUCUUAAUUUCACUUUCAUUUCAAAAGAGAAAAACUCUACAAAAUGUUCAAAUAUUUCAGCCUAUUUGUGUUUGUCAUGCUGAGAAAAUUUGUGAAUAUCCUUAUGUUGAAUCUUGACUCUAUAAUAUACAGAAUACAGUGCAAAAAGGUUAUCUUGAGAAUAACAUCUCUGGGAUGGGCACAAAUGUAAUGUUAUUUUUUUUAUUCACUUUUACUGGUCUCUUUGUCAACAAGAGAAAUUGUACUGAAAGAAGAAUUUGACAUAGAAAUAGCUUGAUCGAUACAGAGAAGUCGUAAUAAAAUAUUGUAGUUAACUUUGUUAAAAUUAUCAGCAGCAAGUGACACAAAUAUUCCAUAAUGAAAGUAUAGUUCAUGAAAAGUAUAUUUUGUGCUGUGUCUUUCGUCAUUAACUGUCACAAAAAUGUUAUGAAAUGGGACAUGUUUACCUGAUAUACUUACCAGAAAUAUUUAACUGGAUUUGUUGGUGAAAUAUGUCAGAAAUGUUGCUUCUAACAUGUUCUUGACUUUCUAUUUUAAUCAUUUAUACAGGAAUGUGUAUUUGUCAGAGGUUAUCUGAUGUUGUUAAGGAUUCACAUAUUUUCUGCUUUUGGUCAGAAAAUUGUUGAACUGUAGAGUUUUCUAUAAAAGAAAACAUACAGAAUGUCCAUGAAAUUGUACAAACAAAAAAAUGUUCAGUUAAGUACAAAGUAAGAAGUCACUUUAUAAGAAACUAUUAUCUAUAGGAUAUUUUUAGCCAAAUGUCAACUGAUGGUAGGCUAUCCAAACUGGUCCAUUGUUUGUCCUUCCGUCCAAUUUCUUGAGAAGUACUGGACAGAUCUUUCUAAAAUAAGAUAUGUAAGUUCCCUUUUGUCGCUAGUACUUUUUAUUGUGAGACUGAUAAGGGAAACCAAAUGACUGACAAGCGACCAUCUUGGAUUUUGACUAUAAAGGUUUGUUAUCACUAUAUCAUGAGAACUAGUGGAUGUGAUCUUUAAAUUUCAUCUUUAAACUUCAUACGUAGGUUCUCCUUGGUCCCUAGUUGUGUCCUGAUUUUUCAGAAAAAGAAACCCAGACAUAUGACCAUCUAAGGAUGUAAAGAUUGAUAUGGCAAUGUUUUUGAAAGAAUUUUUAAAAUUUUGUACAAUUAGGAGAAAAUACAGAGGGAAAAACAAGUAAAAAUCAAUUAAUGGUGAGCUCCAAGGCCCCUAUUAGAUUUCUUGUUGUAAUAUUACAUGUCAUGUUGCAUUGAUAAUUUCACUCUGAAAUGAAGAUUAAUAUCAACUUGCAGUAGGAUAUUGUCAUCAAACAAGUAAUGAACAAUUAUUUACAUAUAAACAUGUAUAUGAUGUUGAACCAGACAACAGAGAUCUAUUAUACUUUAUAUGAUUUACUCCUGUCAACAAUUUCUGAUAUAACAGCACCAUGCAGUAUCAGGGAAAAUAGGUUUUAAGUAACCUUAAACAUGUGUAUGAUGCAAAGUUACUGUUCCAACCAAUAUAUUGGUGAUCUGUUGGGAAGAAAUUUGACUGUUGGGAAUACAAAAUAAGUUUUUUAAACUGGUGGGUUUUCUUUUUUUUUUUUGUAAAAAUCUUGCAAACUGCACAAAUUAUUCUGUCUGGGUAGGUGGCAGUGAAAAAUGUAUCCUGUAUAUCGUACAUGGCAUUUUGAUACAAUAUUAAAUAUUUUUGUUGGCUUUUUAAAAAAUUUGUCAACAUUUUCCAAUAAGAUUAAAAAUUUGUUAUUAUUUUCAUACAGCGAUCUGUUAAACACUGUAAAAGCUAUUUUUGAAACUGUUAGUGACUUGGAAAAUAAAACUUGAACUUCA